AUGGCCGGAAGCAAAUACGACGACUACGACGACGAUCCAAAAUACAAGCGUUCAGCCAAGGCUGAAGUACCUCUACCACCUCCAAUUGACGUUGACUACGGUGACGCUCCGACACAGAAGCCACGUCGUCAACGCUACGCUGACGACGACCCAAUUGUCGACCCAAGAGACGCUGAGCCGAAAGACAGAAGCGACAAGAGAGCACGUGAUCGUCGAAGCGAAUACUACGACGACUCCGAUCGUCUGAAGCCUUCCAAGUCAGGAAGAGACGAUCGAGGUGGUUCAUCCGAGCCUCGAUCUCGCAAACCUAGCCCGUACGGGGACGCAGACGACGAGGACGCUGAUCCUCGCCCCAAGCGCAAAGAGAAAGUAAGAGACCGGGACAGAGAGCGAGAAAGAGACAAAGACCGGGACAGGGACAGAGACAGAGGCAAGUCGAGAGACAGAAUGCCUUCGUACUCUCCACAGCCUCGUGAGCGACGCCGGAGGGACGAUAUGUAUGAUGAAUUGCCUCGCCGGUCGAACACCACCAAGGACCGAAACCGUGGCUACGACGAUUACGACGAUCGUCCAAAACCCCGACGAGCCAGAGACGACGAUUACGACCGUGGCUAUCGGUCAGACAAAGAUCGCCGUCGGCACGAAGAUGAUUAUCGCCCUCGCAAAGACGAUCGCCGUCGGGACGACUAUGACCGUGGUUACAAGUCUGAUCGGGACCGUGACCGCCGUCGCUAUGAUGAUGAUCGUGCUCGCAAAGACGACCGACGCCGACGUGAUGAUGACUAUGAUCGUGAUCGGCGCCGGAAUGAUAGGGACCGCGAUCGGGAUCGCUACCACAGUGACCGUGACCGUGACCGUUAUAGGGGAGACAGAGAAAGACGUGGCGACAAAAAAGGUGGCUUCGACAUCAAGAACAUCGACGUGAACAAUAUUGGCGAGUAUGCUGAUAAGGCUCAAAAAUACUACAAGAGUGCAAAGCCUAUCAUCGAUCAGCUGCAGACCUUCUUGGUGAGCCGGAAGUGA